UUCAGUGUGUGUCGGCGCGAGUCAAAAGUGCGGGUCUGCAGCUCUGCUACAUUUUAUGGGAAAGUCAGUUUCCCACCAUUGUGUCCAGGCACUGACAGGGCUCGCGCUGUUGUUGAAGACUAUGAGAAACAGACGUAACAGGAUUCCGGGAGCAGCACAGGAAGAGACCGAGUUCAGAUAAUGUUGGAGCCGCCGAGGUAAAGGCAGACCUCUUUGUGGAGCUUUUCAGCGUCUUUCUGGACAAUCUUGUGGUUGUCAAGUGUCGACAACCUGCUUUUUGAGGCGUGCGGCGGUUCCUUGCCAACGGCGAUAGUGGCUGUGCUGAGUUGCAGGGCUACAUGCCAUGGGCUGUGUUUUCUCCCUGCCAAAGGACAGGAGAGAUGCUGCCGAGAGAGCGCCUACAACAAGAGAGACGAGUUUCAUUGAGAAAAUGAAGAAAACGGGCAAGAACAUCAUUGUGUUCUAUGGCUCUCAGACGGGCACAGCAGAGGAAUUCGCCAGCAGAUUGUCUAAAGAUGCUCAACGCUACGGCAUGAAAGGAAUGGCUGCUGACCCAGAGGAAUACGAAAUGGGUGAACUGUCCCGUCUAGCUGAGAUCAAAAACUCACUCGCCAUAUUCUGCAUGGCCACUUACGGAGAGGGAGACCCGACAGAUAACGCCCAGGAUUUCUAUGACUGGCUACAGGAAAAUGAUGACGAAGACCUCUCUGGACUCAACUACACGGUAUUUUCUCUGGGCAACAAGACAUAUGAACACUACAACGCAAUGGGGAAAUAUGUCGACAAAAGGUUGGAAGAACUUGGGGCCAAGCGCAUCUUUGACCUCGGUUUGGGAGAUGAUGACAGCAAUUUGGAAGAGGAUUUUGUCUCAUGGCGAGAGCAGUUUUGGCCUGCUGUCUGCGAGCACUUUGGAGUGGAAGCCUUAGGAGAUGACUCAAGCAUACGACAAUAUGAGCUGAAGGAGCACACCGACAUGAACAUGAACAAAGUGUUCACCGGAGAGAUUGGCCGUCUGAAGAGUUUUGAAGUCCAGAAGCCGCCAUAUGAUUCGAAGAACCCCUUUUUGGCUCCAGUCACUGUCAACCGCAAACUGAACAAAGGCGGUGAAAGGCACCUGAUGCACCUUGAACUUGACAUUUCCGGCUCCAAGAUCAGAUACGAGUCAGGAGACCACGUGGCUGUUUUCCCAACAAAUGACGCGGUGUUGGUGAACCAGUUGGGGCAGAUCCUUGGAGUAGACCUUGAUGUGGUUAUCUCUCUGAACAACCUUGAUGAGGAGUCCAAUAAGAAGCACCCGUUCCCUUGCCCUACCACAUACCGUGUGGCCCUAACUCACUACCUCGACAUCACGCACCCUCCUCGCACCAACGUCCUGUAUGAGCUGGCACAGUACGCUUCCGAUCCCAAAGAUCAGGAGAACAUGCGCAAGAUGGCAUCCUCAUCACCCCAAGGAAAGGCGCUUUACCAGAGUUGGGUGCUGGAGCCCUGCAGAAACAUCCUGGCCAUUCUGGAGGACAUGCCAUCUUUAAGGCCGCCCAUCGACCACCUGUGCGAGUUGCUGCCUCGUCUCCAAGCCCGUUAUUACUCCAUAGCCUCUUCCUCCAAAGUUCACCCUAACAGCAUCCACAUUUGUGCCGUGUUGGUGGAAUAUAAGACCAAGACAAACCGUAUCAACAAGGGAGUGGCCACUAAUUGGCUGAAGAACAAACUGGUGACGGACAAUGGCCACAAGUCCACCGUUCCCAUGUACAUCCGCAAGUCUCAGUUCCGCCUCCCCUUCAAGGCCAGCGUCCCAGUGAUCAUGAUAGGCCCUGGCACAGGAAUCGCUCCUUUCAUGGGCUUCAUUCAGGAAAGGGGCUGGCUCAAACAGCAAGGAAAGGAAGUCGGCGAGACGGUGAUGUUCUUUGGCUGCAGACAUAAAAAUGAAGAUUAUAUCUACCAAGAGGAGAUGGAGGAGGCUGAGAAGAAUCAAGUCUUAACGCAGUUGAAUGUUGCGUUCUCCCGAGACCAGGAACAUAAGGUCUAUGUGCAGCACCUCUUGAAGAAAAAUAAGGAGGACCUUUGGAAGCUCAUUCAUUCAGACAGCGCCCAUAUUUACAUUUGCGGGGACGCAAGAAACAUGGCGAAGGAUGUACAAACGGCCUUUUACGAAAUCGCAGAAGAGCUCGGAGGCAUGGCGCGCACGCAGGCCACGGAAUACGUCAAGAAACUGAUGACCAAGGGACGCUACUCACAGGACGUGUGGAGUUAAAACCCUCCCUCCCAGCCUCAAUCUAACUUUAAUUAGUGUUGUCUGGUUUUUUUAUAUCUUAUUUUAUCUGGACUGGAUGUGUAAUUCUUUAACACGUUCAUAUUCAGCCUGGAUCAUGAUGCUGAAGGGGAAAGCCUUACUGUACCUCCGCAGGUUAUGUAGUAAACCUAUUGCACAAUUUUAGUCUCCUACUCAUCUGUGUAAUAUUGUGUCCCUGAACCACCAGCACCAUGUGGGUCUCCUAUUGCCGUGUGUUAUUACUCUGCAUUUUGUUUUUGUUGUCAGACAAAAGGGAGACUCAGCCAUGAUCUAGAAAUUAGAAGAUGCAAACACAAUGCCGUCAUUUCAAUUCAUUUUAAUGAGUGACAAAGUUCAACAAACAUUCAAGUUUGUCAAGUUUUAUUGACUCAUUGACCCUACACGGCUUUUGUACAUUGUGCUAAUUCACUGUGAAUGCAAAUAAUGAAACAAAAAUCCUGCUUUUAAAUGGAAAUUGGCAAAAUAACACAGCAUUAGGGGCAAUUAUGUCCCACUGCAGGCAGUUUUUUAUUAACACUUUUGAACACUAUACAGUAGUUUAUUUCAUUGACAGAGGGAAAUGUUUUAGCAAACUGGUAAUAAAAUGUUUUUUACAAGGGAUUUUUUUUAGUUUGAUACUAAUUAGCUUUUCAGAAGCAAGUAUGGUAUGCAGAAGAGAUUCUUUACUUUGUUUUAUUUCAUACAAACAUGCAUUAAAAUAAAAAUUUGAAUGAACAUAGUACAAUGUUUAUAUCCCAAGUUGGAGCAUUUGAAUUACCUGUAACUAGCUUUGUUUGAUGCAUUUGACUGAAGAACACAUCUAUACAUACAUAUACAUCUAUACAUACUUACAUGCAUGCAUGUACCUUGUCUCUGUGUUCCCUACAACGUAAUGUGAAUUCAAAGUCAAGACCGUUUCAUUCUGCCAACCAGCUCGAAAGCUGCCUGUGCCUUUUUAAAAACUGCCUUACAUAUUGGGUUUGUAAAUGUCAUAUAACCUUCCUUUUAUGUCCCCCCCGAAUGUUUAAUUAACAUACACUUGACUCUUCAGUGUUGACUUUUCCCCCAUUUCCCCUAUACACAUAUAUAUAAAUAUAUAUUAUUUGACUGCAAAGACAUGCUUUUUUUUUUUUUUUAAAGAGAAAAAUAAAAUUUAAAUAAAUUGUUAAA